CCAACGCAUGAGCAACAUCUCGCUGUCCUCCGGCACGGACUCCGUGGGCCACAUGGAUCGCGGCAGCAGCUCCAGUCUCGCUAGCAGCGCCACCGUAGGCACCAACACCAUCACCAGCGGCAUUUCCAAGGAGUGCGCCAAUUACCCCGUCGGCAGUCAGUCGGCCCGUCCAUACGUCCAACUGCCGGGCAUACACAUUUCCAACCCUCCCCAGUACGGGCCAGGGAAUAUGCAGGAAAUAGACGCUGGCAAAAUGGCGCACAACGGCAAGGCACUCACAGGGCGCUACAAUGCCACGCCCACCUAUGGCUUCGACAACGAGCAGAACUACUGCCUGAAUUCCCAACAGUUGCACAACUUCGAGCUCGAGAACCACACACCGCCGGCAUGUCCCGGCUCUGGACCCAUUGCCAUGACGAACGGCACCAUCCAGUUGCGCCUCCGCGAUGGCGUGCGCAUUGACAUGACUCUGGACAAGGCGGUGCGCGUGCUCAAUCAGCGCAGCAUGGUGGCAAAUGCUCUAUCACGCAACUGCAGCAACUCGGCUUUGAUCCACCCCAAUGGACGCAUCUUGCAGAGCGGCGCUAAAGUCGAAAUAGUCACCUACGACGGCAUGAAGGGCAAUAACUUUGUUCGCUAUGCCAAGAUGUGGUACAAGGUGUGAGCAGUGUUCUAUGACGACUCGCGGCAUGGUCCCUCUUAUAUGGCUGAAGCCCAUGACGUGAUUGCCAAUUCAGCUUACACCUGUACCGAGGAUGGCACUGAGAUCUAU